UUAUCAGGCAAUGGAACAAAAUGGUGUCUAGUACUUGUUAUUUAUUGGAAGUGUCAGUUAGUUUCACGUUUGACAUCAUCAGCUGAAGUAAGUAGACCUAGAUCAUCAACUGACACAGUUUCGUAA